AUGUGGCCAUUAUGGUCUCCGCACCUUCUGCUACUGACCUUCCUCUCCCUCACCUCCCUCACGUCCUGCCAUCCCCGCCCCCGCGACGAUACCGCAACCAACCCUUCUUCUUCCAUCCCCUCGACAUCCGCCCACAACGACGGCCACACGGCCCCCAGCCUCGCCCGCCGCGGCAUCGGCUUCCGCGACUUCCUCGACAUCGGCGGCGGUUGGAACCUGUACUACAGCGCCUGGCCCGCCGUCGCCCUCCCCGUCCAGCCCGCCGCCUGGGCCCUCGCGAACCUCUACACUUCCAUCCUCAUCCAGGCCCGCGGCAAAUGGACCGCGUCCCCGCCGCGGCACAGCUUCACCGUCACGUACGGCGGCAUCAGGAUCCUGAUGCACUGUCCGCAGAAACCCAUCCCUUGGCUCUUCGUGGGGAAUUUCGCGGAGAAGUUGUUGCAGAUUACGGAGGCUGGGUGGGUAGGGGUAUAUGAGGUCAUGUUGAGUCAGGCGGAGACGGAGGUUGGUAUUAGGGUGCAGUUGACGAUGGUUAGUUAG